AUGUCCUGCUCCGACCUGUACCCUGCGGCCACCGGCAUCGCCGUCCCGCAGCCCAUCGCUGACAGCUGCAACGAGCUGUGUGUCCGCCAGUGCCCCGACUCCACGGCCCUCAUCCAGCCGCCCCCCGUGGUGGUCACCUUCCCCGGCCCCAUCCUCAGCUCCUUCCCACAGCAGGCCGUGGUGGGCUCCUCUGGAGCUCCUGCCUUUGGUGGUUCCUUGGCUUCAGGGGGAUUCCUCACCUCUGGGAGCCUCUACAAUCCUGGCACCACCCUCAGCUAUGGAUCCAGAGCUUCUGAACUUUCUGGGCUUGGUAGUGGAUUCUGCAUCCCGUCCACUUCUCGCUGGUUCUUCUGA